AUGUCAAAAGAUUUUAUUUAUAUUUGUAUUAUUUUAUUCAUUAGUUAUAUUACUAAUAACCCAGAUAAAAAGAAUUUCGAAGAUCAGUUGAUGGUGGCAAUAAAAAAAAAGAAAUAUAGUUUUUUAACUAAUUUAUCAGUAAAAGCAUUAUUGGGUCAAUUUACAAUUUAUAAUUUUAAAAUUUUUUCAGUUGCCUACUUUAAGGAUCCAUUAAAACCUAAAGCAACUAUUCAUUCAUUUGGUUUCUUUGGACGUUGGAUAUUCUCAUAA